AUGCGCGCUCGUACUGAACUUGUUCGAUUGAUUGCUAGACUAGAUGUUCCUAUCUCUCUUGGUGAAUCUGAGGCUUUUGUCGAGUACAUUAAAAAUGCUCACAAUCCUAAAUAUACUAAAGUGUCUAGGCAAACCACCUCUAGAGACAUACUAAAGUACUUCACUGAUUGCAAGGCUAAACUUGUUGAGACUUUUACUACUUCUAUUAACUGUGUGUGUCUAACCUCCGACAUUUGGUCUGGUAAUGCCAAAGAGGAUUACAUUAGUGUUGUUGCUCACUACAUAAACUCUGACUGGCAACUAGAGAAGAGGGUGCUUGGUCUGGUUCUUAUUGAUGUGUCCCACAAUGGACAAAAUAUUGCUGACCGUGUAGCAUCUGUUCUUGCUGAUUAUGGUUUGUCUGAAAAGGUGUUUGCUGUUACUUUGGACAAUGCAUCGUCUAAUGCAUCAGCCAUGCAUAAACUGAAACCUAUUCUGUCUAAAUACCUUGGUCUUGAAGUAAUUGAUGAACCAGAGUAUGCAUCAUCUAGUUUAAACAAUGCAGUCAAUUCUAUAUUCUUGCAUCAGCGUUGUGCAUGUCAUAUUCUGAAUCUGAUUGUCAAGGAGGCACUAACUACUCUUAAGUCUUUGAUAGAAACAUUUAGAACUGCAAUAUCAUUUUUAAAUUCAUCUAAUCAGAGGAUUGCUGCAUAUAAAAGCUACUGCAUUGCAACUGGUGUUAGGCCUAGAAAGUUUCAACUGGACAUGGAGGUUAGGUGGAAUUCUACCUACCUAAUGCUUAAACAUCUGUUUCCUCAUAAGUCCCCUUUCACUACUUUCAUCCAAGCUCAGUAUUCUAGGGAUGAAGGUGAGCCUUUGCUGUUAACUGAGGAUCAUUGGAUGAUGGCACAAAAAGUGCUAUCCUUUCUUGAGUUGUUUUAUGAUGCUACUGUCACAUUGUCUGGUGUGUACUAUCCUACAUCUCCACUUAUGAUUCAUUAUCUUGUUAAGAUUUCUCUGCACCUAAAAAACUAUGCUAAUGAUGUGCACAUCAGAUCUGUGGUGCAACCUAUGAUAGACAAAUAUAAUAAGUAUUGGAGGGACAUACCUUUGCUUUACUCUUUUGCAUUUAUCUUGGACCCCAGAGCUAAAAUGAAAGGUUUUACUAGGGUGCUAAGAAGGCUAGGUAAUCUCACCAGUACUGAUUAUUCUGCUUAUUUGGUUGGCACUAGAGCUAGACUUGCUGAUGUUUACAAUAAAUAUGAUGAGAAAUAUGGUGCUGUUAGGUUGAGGAGGACUGACCCUCCUGUCCUGUCUGGUAAGUCAAGAUCUGCUUGGGAUGAAAUAUAUGAUGAUGAUGGUCCUGUUUUGGGUGGUGUUAUCUUGCCUGGUAAUCCUAACAUGUCUAGAGAUACAUCUGCAACUUCUCUACUGAAUGCAGUAAGGUCAUCAGCUUCUAAUGCUUCUGAACUUGUGUCCUACUUGGACUGUGACACUGUAAACCACCUAACUGAUGACUUUAACAUCUUGGACUGGUGGCGUCAACACAAACUUACAUAUCCAGUAUUGUCAAUCAUGGCUAAAGAUAUCUUAACUGUUCCUGUGUCUACCAUAUCUUCAGAAUCCACUUUUAGUAUGACAGGCAGGAUUAUCGAGGAGCGGCGAAGGAGUUUGAAGCCUGAAAUGGUGGAGAUGCUGACCUGCAUCAAAGACUGGGAGGCUGCAGAAGCAAGACUGCAACAGAAUGUGGAGGACAAGGAGCUUGAGGAAGCUUUUGAAGAACUUUAUCUUGAUUCAUGA